GCACAGUUUGUUCCUCAAUGUCCAUGGAUUACAUUGCAAGACGAGGUCGAAAUUCCUACGUAGUCUACGAAAGAGCAAUAUUCAAACGUCAAACAGGAGAAACGACGCAUGCCAUACCACGUGGCAUGAGAAGACCGCUGCCCUACCCGCGUAGAAAUAUCAUCAUUGAUUUACCACCACUGAAAAGCAAAGUCAAACCCGGUGAUAACGUCUUGGCCGAGUUAGGCCAAAACUAUUUCGCAUCUGAGAUCUAUUCAGACGUCAAGAUCGUGAGAAUUAAAAACGAUAAGUACUAUGUUAAACCAGUUUGUGACAUGCAAUCUCCGCCAGUUGGUAUAUACGACGACUAUGUGCAUUUUCGAGUCUCUGAUUCAAGUUUCAAAGCCAGUAGUGUGCAUCCCGGACAUAACUACGCUGCGCGCUACGGUCGACUUUAUAAAGAUAAUGAUGGUUACGCUUGGUGCCCGAAUUAUCACGACUUCAAUGUCCCAUGGUUAAGUAUAGACCUUGAAGAGUAUUAUUUCAUCUGCAGCGUAAAGACAUCAGGGCUGAACAGAGAUAAAUACACUCUAACUUACACAAUGUCUGUAUCCACCGAUAGCAGAACAUGGGAAGAUGUUAAGGAAAAUGGUCAAAAGAAAGUUUUUAAAAGACAUGCUUCUCCAGAUGUACAUCACCAGUACAUCGGGAUGAUUGACAAGCCUUAUCGAUAUGUGAAGUUCUUUCCAACUUCAUUUAAAACGUGGCCUUGUCUUAAUGUCGAAAUACACGGUCAUGGAGAGAUACAAACUAGUGGUCCAUUUCCAAUGUCCUUCCCUCUUAAAGCAUUGCGGCUCAAAGGAUCUGUAUGCAACCUUCAAACAAAAUGUCUAAAUACGCCUAAUGGCGAAUGUAGCAGCGAGGGUUACGUUCCUGGCACCUACACGUGUAGGUGCAAAAGUGGUUUCCAAGGUCCACAGCAGUUUGAUCCCGGUAACAAAGCAAACUGUAUAGAUAUCAAUGAAUGCCUGAAAGAUCCUUGUGGUAAACAUACCGUUUCCUGUACCAACAACCCUGGCUCCUAUAGGUGUAAUUGCAAAACAGGUUACAAGAACGAAAACAAAGACCUUACCAAAUGCCGGGACGUUGACGAGUGUAUUGAACAGACUCCCUGCUCGCCAAAUGCCCGGUGUUCCAACACGGAUGGGUCUUACACUUGCGAGUGUAAUACUGGUUACUACGGUGACGGGUUCACAUGUACGGACAUCGAUGAAUGCAACCCUAUUGAUGGUGUCGGCGGUUGCCAAAGUCAUUACGCCGACUGUGUUAACACUCCAGGCAGCUACACAUGUACUUGCUGGAAGGGCUAUACGGGAGAUGGGGAUAUUUGCACGGAUGUAAAUGAGUGUGCUUUAGACCAAGACCCUUGUGAAUCCAUCAAUGGUAAAUGUAUCAAUAAUGUUGGUUCAUACUUUUGCCAAUGCAAUGCGGGUUUUACACUUGUUGAAGGAAAAUGUCAAGAUGUCGACGAGUGCAAGUCACCUGAUCUCAACGACUGCAAUCAACUUGCUUCUUGUGAAAACAUUCCUGGUUCCUAUUCUUGCGAGUGUAAAAGUGGCUUUACAGGAAAAGGAUACGAUGCUUUUGGCUGCUCCGAUAUUGAUGAAUGUAAAGAUAAAAACAUCUGCGGUAGCAAUUCUAAAUGCUCUAAUACCAAGGGCUCGUUCCACUGCACAUGCGAACAAGGGUUUGCUAGUGUCAAUAACAAGAACUGCGUCGAUAUUGAUGAAUGUAAAAAUACCUCCGCCUGCAAUUUUCAUGCGACAUGUCAAAAUCUUCUAGGAUCAUACAAGUGUACGUGCUCUGAUGGUUUCACUGGAGAUGGUCAGCCAAUCCCCAACGGCUGUUCCGCACUAGCUUGGUGUGAAUGGAAAGGGAAAGCAAUAUGCGAUCAAGAAUUCAGGAAGUGUGACAACUCCUUGAAAAAAUGCACUGAAUGUUUACCAGGCUUUAAAGAUGUCGACAGCACAUGCAAGGAUAUCGACGAGUGCAGUGGAACCCCUUGCGGUGAGGGUGGAGCUUGCACGAACAGCCCUGGGUCAUACACCUGCAAAUGCAAAAAGGGCUUCCACUUCGACAAGAAACAUAAACUUUGUAAAGACAUCAAUGAAUGUAGUAGAUCUAAACGAGUCUGCCAUGACGACGCUGUCUGUAAAAAUUCUCCAGGGUCGUUCGACUGCAACUGCAAACAAGGUUUUGAUGGCGAUGGCUUUUAUUGCGCGGAUAUAAACGAGUGUUAUACUGGUGCCUACAAGUGCCCUGCUCAUUCUGUAUGCUAUAACUUACUUGGAUCUUAUAAAUGCGUUUGCAAAAAGGGUUACCACACAACAGGAUCGAAAUGUCAUAAAGGCGGAGCUGUUGAUACAAAUGCAAAGAAAACAGAGCCUGGUAAACUAGCUUCAGUGUACAGCAAAGUUGCUUUUUGGAAUGGUUCAUCGCAUGGAUUCACACCAAAUAUUUUCACUUUCGCUACAAUGUUUGCUGUUCUAGUAGUAUUCAGAGAACAGUUGUGAAAAUUCCUUUGCUGCCAUAAAACGUUCAUUUAAA